AUGGGACAGGACACCAAUAGCGCGGGACAUGACUCGGGCAAGUCGCCGUCGCCGUCCUCUGCCCCGCAGCACAGGCGCGGCUACCAGGCCUGUGAUCCGUGUCGCAAGCGCAAGGUGAAAUGUGAUCUAGGUAGUGUUGAUAACCCUCGCCCCCCACCAUGUGUGCGAUGUCGCCGUGAAAGCAAACGAUGUGAAUUUUCAGCGACUCGUCGCAAGCGCAAACCCUCCGAGGCGCCCGAGGAGGAUGGUGAGACCACCGAGGUUCUCCGCCGCGACAAGCGGAUGAUGAUCGGAGAAGCAUCUGCGAAAGACGCAAAGACCGAACCCUCAGAAUAUUCUACAGCAGAACCGGCAUUUGAUGCCGAAAAUCUUCGCACACGACAGAGAUGGCCGGAAGCUGUCCCUGUAGCUACCGCCCAACGAUUUCCUCCCCUUUCAACGAGCGCUUCCCCGGCGAGACAGUUCCUUGAGUCAAGGAAUUCUCGCAUGCAAGCGUACCCAGCCGGCGAACGCAGCUCUGCGCCCGCAUAUGGGGGAACGCCGAUGAUGAACCGGACCGCAGCCGAGUUGUUGUCGCCAGCCAUAACCAACAGUCAUGAUGCUCUACAUCUACUUUCUGAAGCUGCAGGACGAACGGAAGAUUUGAACCGCCAAAGCCUUGAAAAUCGGUACAAUGCUAGACGAUCAGUCUCCUCUUUUAACUCUGGCCCUUCGCCGCUCGCCCAUGGUGGCUCGCCUGGCAACCCGAGCGGAUCCUUCUCACGGACCCCUCGAUCAGGUCUCUCAGCGAUCGGGAAUGGUUAUCAUCAAGGUGGUGACUCGGGUAUCGUUGAUUCGCAGAUUCCCGAUGAUGAAGGCCAGCGCGAGAGCUCUCCAAAUGUCACAGAUCCAGGGUUCAUCGACGCCGUUCAAGCCUGGUCUCGGCUGCGAUUCGUACGCGCCGGGUGGAUGACAGUGGAAGAAGGCAUGGAAUAUGUGGCAUACUACUAUGAGAACCUGGCCCCGAUGAGCCCAGUAGUUACCCCCGACUAUUCUCAGCCUGUGACGCAUCGUGCGCUGCUCACUAACGAACCUGUGUUGGCUGUGACCAUCCUCACGAUUGCGUCACGACAUCUGAAACCCAAAGGCGAUGGGGCUAGCACGCGUGCCUUCUAUAUACAUGAUCGUCUCUGGUCAUAUCUGCGUGGCAUGAUUGAACGUCUCUUCUGGGGACAAGAGAAAUUCGAUGCCGGAGGAGGGAGACCUCAGUCUUUAGACCUGGGCCCAGCGCCUGGCCGACCAAGCACCAAAGGAAAUCUGAGAGCUUUAGGGACUGUGGAAGCCUUGUUGAUUCUCACCGACUGGCACCCACGAAAUCUUCACUUUCCUCCUGGCGACGAUGAAAAUGCACUUCUGGACACGGAAGCGCAGACGCAGAGUCGCGACAAGGACCUAGACAAUGAAAGUGAGCAGGCCGGGAUCAAGGGGGCCUCGGCGGAGGGUCGACUUGCUUUUCAGAAAUGGCUAGAGCCUGCCUGGAGAUCCGAUCGAAUGUCAUGGAUGCUGCUUAGUACGGCGCAAGCCUUGGCCUUCGAGCUAGGCGUUUUUGAUCAGAGAAGUGAACCAAAAGUCACCACCGAAUUACCAUCAGAAUAUUCACGCAAGCGCCGACUGCGUCGAUUAAUUCUCAUUUUCAUUACGCACAGCAGUGGACGUCUUGGCAUCCCAUCAAUGCUUCCUUUGCCAGAAUGGGCUCAAGACAUUCCUCCAGCCCCGGCAGAUCAGAAAGAUGGAGAUUUUGACCUCGAUCGUAUGCAAGAUUGCUGGAUGGGAAUUUCGGAAAUCGUGUACCAAGCCAAUCACCAGUUAUUUGCCUCAACAGAACAGACCUCCGAGUUGAUUAAGAGUGGGAGGUACCGCGAGCAGAUUGACUGGUUCCAACCCCAACUGCGGGAGUUCCGGCAACAUUUGGAUCGUGUCAACCUUACACCGGCUAUGCGGAGCAUACUUUUGAUUGAAUAUGAAUACACCAGGCUCUAUGUUAAUUCCCUCGCUUUACAAGCUGUGGUCGAACGUUGGACCACAAUGUCUCACGAGUCCUCCCAGUCUGGGCGAACGGGCACAGGGACAUCAUCUGGUAGCAGUGGAUGGUUCCGAACCUUGAUGGAGCUUUAUCGCGUCAAUGAGCAGUACAUUCAAGAAGUUGUAGAUUCUUCUCGCAAAAUCCUCCAGACAGUAUUGGAAGGACUUGUUCCCGGAGGCCGCCUCAAGCACGCGCCCAUUCGGACUUUUUUCCGUAUUCUGUCCGGCAUGAUCUUUAUCCUCAAAACUUUUACCCUGGGCGCUCGUGAAGACGAUGUGCGGGUCUCUUUGGACCUACAGGACCGCACGGUUGAGGCACUGCAGACAUUUGUUGUCGACGACGUGCACAUCAGCAACACCGUCGCGCGUUUACUUGAGCUCCUCACGAGCAGCAUCCGCACACGGUUCUUGCGUUUCGCACCGCACGACCGUGGCGUCGAUGGCGACAACCAGGAUCGUACUUCGGCCUCCGUUUCACGAGCCCAAUCCCCACCUCGCGAGAGCGUUUCGAGCCGCCCUGAUGGCCUUCAGACCCCUUGGUCUUCAACCCAUGGCCAGGCUGCAACUUCAAUCGGAAGUGGCCUGAGCUAUGUGGAGACCAAUGGGGCCGGCGGGCAUCCGUCAGGGCCGAUCGGAUCGACUCACGACCCUCUGGCCAGCAUCCCCGCGCAGCCGAUCAAUUCGUCCAACCUGAACGUCUCUUUCAUGCCGCCUCCUCCGUCCGUCUACUAUAAUUACUACGACUCGAAUUCCGCUGUGCCUGCGCGCGAUAUGGAAAGAUCGUCUUCUAACCACGUCGUCUCCUCGCAGGCCGUCGGAGAUAGCAAUGGAGCCAACACCACGACCAGCGGGUUGUCGGACUGGUUUGCGCUCCCAUUGGACCAAUUCUUCAAUAGUUCCACUGCCGUGGUUGACCAGGGACUUGGUGGGACAGGUCCGAUGUUAGGCGAGUUCGACAUGCUGGAAGUGCUACUGAACGAAGGCUACGACGGCAAUCACGGCGACGGCGAGUCUGGGAGUGGAGGUCUCACAUCGCAGUUCCUGUGA